GGAAGCCCUGCCCCUCUCAGCGUCCAUUUUGGGUAAAGCAGGAAGUUGUCUUGUGGGGGAAACCUCAUGACAAACUGAAUUGAGCUUUUUAAAUAUCCACAGAUACAAACAUCGGUAUUUGUUUUGGCUUGAAUGAUUAUUCGUUGUAUAUUUUGCUGGUCUACAGGCGGAUUGGAGCGUUUGUUUCUCGGUUGUGUUUACUGUCAAACUUCACGCGUGUCGAAGAGGUCGCGACGGUAACCGGAGUGCUAAAUAAAACCAGACAGUAGGUCAGGAUGGCGGAUGACUUCGACGUUGAGGCCAUGCUGGAAGCUCCUUACAGGAAGACUUGCCUAAUGAUAUCUCACCUCUACUCCCCUGAAUACAUCUUUGAUUCCAGUGUGAACUGUGAAAAAAAGACAAGCUGUGAGACAGAGAUGGCAUCGAGCUCUCACAGUCCAACAACGCAAACUGGGGAAGAUCACACGGACUGACAGCCUCCACUCUGGAAUGCCCUUUAGCAGCUCUAUAGCAUGACUACAGCAAGACUUAGGCUAAAAAUAGCGGGGGUGAAAGCAAGUCCUCUAGCGCCAAUGGUCAUAAUGAGGAACGCAGCAAAAAGAAAAGACGCAGCAGAAGUCGUAGUCCGAGCGCAGGCCGGCGGAGGAGUAAAAGUGGGGACCGCAAGAAGAGUCGCGAGCGACGCAAGAGCCGCAGCCGAGAGCGGAAACGUUCACGGAGCAAAGAGCGCAAGCGGUCGCGAUCCCGCAGCAAGGAUCGUGGUGGACGUGGUGGUCGUGGACGCAAAAGCCCUUUUAUGGGGCCGAAAUUAAAUGGUGGUCCCGGAGGGAAGACCGGCCCACAACAUUUCACCAAACACAGUCGCAGGCGCUCUCGGAGCAGAAGCCCGUUUAAGAAGGAAAAAAGCCCUGUCAGGCAACCGAUAGAUAACCUGAGCCCAGAGGAGAGAGACGCCCGUACAGUGUUCUGCAUGCAGCUCGCUGCCAGAAUUAGACCCAGAGAUCUGGAAGAUUUCUUCUCUGCAGUAGGAAAAGUUCGUGACGUAAGGAUGAUCUCCGAUAGAAACUCUCGGAGGUCAAAGGGCAUUGCCUAUGUUGAGUUUGUGGAUGCGACAUCAGUGCCACUGGCGAUCGGCCUGACGGGACAGAGGGUUCUGGGAGUGCCUAUCAUAGUCCAGGCUUCACAGGCUGAGAAGAACAGGGCAGCAGCCAUGGCCAGCAUGCUCCAGAGAGGUGGUGCAGGGCCCAUGCGGCUGUACGUGGGCUCUCUGCACUUCAAUAUAACUGAGGACAUGCUGAGAGGCAUUUUUGAGCCGUUCGGAAAGAUUGAGGGCAUCCAGCUAAUGAUGGACAGCGAGACUGGCAGGUCGAAAGGAUACGGCUUCAUAUCAUUUGCAGAUGCAGAAUGUGCUAAAAAAGCCCUGGAGCAGCUAAAUGGUUUCGAGCUUGCGGGACGGCCAAUGAAGGUGGGUCAUGUUACCGAGCGUUCUGAUGCGUCCUCUGCAAGCUCCUUUUUGGACAGUGAUGAACUGGAGAGAACUGGCAUUGACUUGGGCACAACAGGUCGACUUCAGCUGAUGGCAAGACUCGCAGAAGGUACAGGACUGCAGAUUCCUGCUGCUGCCAAGCAGGCCUUACAGAUGAGCGGCUCUGUGGCAUUUGGAAAUCUGGCAAAUGCCUCAACCACACAACCUAUUCUUCCCAGUCCCGGGAUGAACCAAGCUCUGAAUCUUCCAAAUCAGCCGCUGGCCACGCACUGUUUACAGCUCUCCAACUUGUUCAGUCCACAGACAGAAAACGAUCCUGGCUGGGACUUGGAGAUAAAGGAUGAUGUCAUCGAAGAGUGCAGAAAACACGGAGGCAUUGUUCACAUAUACGUCGACAAGAACUCUUCUGAAGGAAAUGUUUAUGUAAAAUGUCCAACCAUCCCAGUAGCAAUGGCUGUUGUCAGCGCCCUGCACGGCCGGUGGUUUGCAGGUAAAAUGAUCACAGCUGCCUACGUGCCUCUCCCUACAUACCAUAACCUGUUUCCAGAUGCUGCCACAGCCACGGAGCUCCUGAGGCCCAUGCACCGGUGAUCCCCCUGCCUCUCUGAACCAUAUGCCUACCCUACAACCCCCUUCCCAAAUGAACUGCUGUGGGCCAGAGGCAGUCCUGUCAUGGAGGGCCACCUAAUGUAUAUGAAGUUAGAUUUCACAGUUGGACUGUAUUUUCAUAUUGUAUUUUAGCAGGGGUGUUGAUCUCCAGUUAGAAUCACCCUCUCUGCGUCUCGCUUGUAAUGGCAAAAGCAAGCUUUAGACCAGCUUUCAGCUUUAUGUACAGUGGUCUGUUGAUAAGUGAAAACCUGUAACACCGUCGCCCUCUCUAGAUGAGCUCUUGACUCCUGAAAACCGGUUUUGAAGGAGAUUCUGGUGUUUUUUUGGAAGGUAUCUUUCUGUUUGCUUGAUUUCUCUUGUAAGGUUUUUUCAGCUGUCUGGUCUUCAGGUCAAGAAAGUUUUCAUCUGUCUUCAUCUUCCCAUGACAGACAUUGUGUUGUGAACUACUGGUUCAUUUUUUUUUUUUUUUGUUUGUUUGUUCUGUUUCUUUACUUUUAAGCAACCAAAAAAAUUGAGUUUUUUUUUUUUCUGGAGAGUCUACUUGAGCUGUUUAGCUUUCUAAAAUAUCUUUGAAUUUAUAACUUUUCAUAAUCAAGAAUUGAUUUUUCUAAAAUCUUCUACUGAUUAAAUGACUUUCACAACACUGUAAAAAUGAG